CCGUUGAUGAGUACGAUUCGGCUGUGACCUCUUCGAGGCUGUUCCAACCUGAGAGACUCCUAUCAUGGGUGGAAGGAGGAGGCAAAUCUGACAUACUGGUGUAUCCCCUGGGGCGAUGCGAUGUGACCAGGCGGGAGACGGUCAUAAAGGUGGGUGAAGCUGCUUAAAUAUCGCGAACAUGCAGCUGGUCGACGAUUCGGCCUUUGAUCAGGCCAUGCAGGUGACUGACGGAGCCUACUUCACCAAGGUUGGCCCAUCCCGACUAGCUAUCCCGUCUACCGGACAGACGUUGUCGAUCGUUUCAAGCGAGUGCCCAUGCCACCGAGCCAGUGUGUCUCGCUUGAGCAACCGGGUAUCUUGAUCACUCAUUUCGGAGAGAACGUAAAGACGUCGGGUGGAGUUCCUUGGGACACUCUACGCCGGAUCUCUUUGUCUCAGAUGAAAUGUCCGAAAAAGCACAUGGGCCGAAUGCUUUGCUGCCGAGUUAUUACCAAGCCCUGCAUUGGCUCGGCUCUGGCUUGGUAAGUGUUAUUCAUCGCUUCGCUAAGUCCAGGUGUGUCGAGG